AUGCCUUUCCAGCCUCAUCAAUGUCCGCUGUCAGAGACUCACAAAGCUUCAGCAUGUUGCCCUGAGCAUACCUAUAGGUAUAGAAGUGCUCCUAUUACCACUCCUAUCACUCUUGAUUCUCUACGGACCCCCAUCACGCCGACUCGUCCCGUUCUUGACGCUCGAUAUUCUCCUUCAAAUCGCCGUGACUCUUGGGAUCUGGUGCUUGUCUUCUCACCGCUGUCCAUACGCUCGACCCAAGCCACGGACACAGCUCUCGGUGUCGCUUCUUCCCUUCCUACUCUUGCCCUGUUGCUCUUCACCACGGCCUUGUACCUGUGCGAAGUCCAACCUUGCCUUCCACCCGCUCUACAAUCAAGAACGGUUAUGCAGGGAUUCGCAUUACUCAUCGCUCCCCUAGUCCCUAUAGGCUUCGUCGGCGCCCUCAUUGGCUCUUUUCUCCUGGUUUCGUAUACUGCCCGUCGAGGCAAGAUCGAGAUAGGAUUUGAUACCUUAGGGGAGCAAAACAUCCACUGGAUCAUCAUGUCUGCUUCUGGCAUAGCCUGCGCAACAUACCUCCUCGUGACCAUCCUGACUCUCCAGGUCGUACUCUUUGAUCAGCCUUCGCUCGCUCGGUGGAGGCUAGAUCACCCUCAUUCUCCGCGACUGGUGCUGGUCCUGAUAGCUAUCGGACUCUUCAUCGCAUCGACUCAGCUAGUAAUCGUGUUGAUCCCGGAAUCUUUCCCGCUAUUUCUCGCAAGGCAGAUCUUGACACUCGUCUCGAGAUGCUUGCUGACGUUGGGCUGCUGGCGAGCGUACAAGCCGGUCCGAGCUGCACAACCUAGAUCUGCAUUGGCAUGGUCAUCAGAGAAGAUAUCCCGCCUGCGUCCAGGGGAGAAGCCCACCCAAUCACAGUCGAGGAAAGCGAUCCUCACCACUCCACUCAAGCUCAAGAUUGGAGCACCGCUCAAGACAACAUUUCGACGGUUGUCCACUGAAGGCAUUCGCGAGUUCUAUGAUAUGCUAUCGGAUCGUCAGCAAAACGCUCCUGCCCCCAGUCUCCCACGACGAGCGAAACGAGUCGUCUUUCGUACACGUCCAAGGCGCGCACCCACAUUGUCAUUCACCUCGUCCACCUUUUCCGACGGGCAAACCAUUACUGCAUUGCAGAGUAUCGUCUAUCCAGUCGCCGAGCCUAUUGCGGGUGUCCAGGCCGUACCUGACCAUUCGGCGGUCAAGAAGAACUACGGAUCCGUCUAUCGUCCAUUGCGAGUGAGCGUGGAUCCCUCUGAGCUAUCGCAUUGGCCUCCAGCUUCAACAACUUCAAAACCAGCGGUCCUCACAUCUCGUUCGAGACACGUCAGUCGACCAUCUCUUAGUCAGCCUACAGCGUCGAUGCGGUCACAGAUUCCAGCCACAGAAUUGUGGACGCAUGCGAAAGCGGAUCCACCCCGUCGCCCUGCUCGUAGCUUGGCUCGACUGGCCAGACCCGUGAUGGGUAUUCGUGACUCGGCCAUUGGAACGCCAUCACCGAUCGCAGGCGAAGGAUCGACACUCAGCGAUGAUACAUUCGGUAUCUUGCCUUAUCCAGGGCCUAGGCGCAGGCCAAUCUUGGGCCGUGCUGACCCCUCGAACGCCGCCAUCGCACGGUCGAACUCCAUUCCGAGAAAACCGCUACCUCCGCUUGAAGGUUACGCAGAGACCAACGAGGAUCGCCGAAGUUUCGAGGCACGAGUGUUCCCUGUAUCUGUAGGGUCAAUUCAGAGUAUCGACCUGCAUCAAUUCCCGAUACCCCAAAGCACGAGCCGACCUCGGACGAGGACAAGCCAUGAUAGGCCUGUGUCAGCAUCCACGGCGUUUUCGACUUCGUCGUCAUCCGUCAAGACAAUGAGGACUGAGGACUGUGUCGACCGGACAUCGUUCCUCUUCAUGCCGAGGACAAUGGAAUCGCCCACCCAAGCCGAAGCCGAAUUCGAGAGCGAGGAGGAUGAGUCGCAGGACGUGAACACUCAUCGCUCGAUUACAUCUCGACCGCCAUUGGCAGCACGUAAAUCCAGCGAGAUCAUAUUGGACACUCCCUUGCCCGCUGAUCGAUUGAGUGGCAUAGUCUCACAUCGUACGAGCGCUGAGCAGCUCUCAGCACGUCAACCCAAGUCCAGCAGCCGUAUCAUGGUCUGUCGAUCCCCUUCGAUGUUCCAUGAAUCGCAAUGGUUCGCGCCGAAUCGUCAGGCCGUUCUUGAAAGUUUGCAAAGACUUCGACGAGAUGCAGGUAUCACACCUGAGAGCUAUCACAGUAACGUGCGGGAGACUUCGGAAGAAUUAGCGGUCAAGCCUAAGCGUAGAGGGACGGAGUUUAUAUGA